GGUCUGCGCACACACGGGUCCGGGAGAAGGAGCCGGUUGUGGAAGGUGUCAGCAUCAGCAUGGCUUCAUCUCACGGGAGAAGCGACAUGCGCUUCGCAGACUGGAUGGCAAGUUUACCGCAGGGCAUGCACGGCAUCCCGCUCACCAACCUGGCCAUUCCUGGUUCCCACGAUUCCUUCAGCUUCUACAUUGAUGAGGCAUCUCCUGUGGGGCCCGAGCAGCCAGAAACGGUGCAGAAUUUUGUUUCGGUUUUUGGCACAGUGGCCAAGAAGCUUAUGAGGAAGUGGCUGGCGACGCAGACAAUGAACUUCACCAGCCAAUUGGAGGCUGGGAUACGCUUCUUUGACCUGCGCAUAUCCACCAAGCCCCGUGACCCCGACAAUGAGCUGUUCUUCGCCCACGGGCUCUUCAGUGCCACGGUCAAAGAAGGUCUGGAACAGAUCAGUAGUUUUCUUUCAGCUCAUGCCAGAGAGGUCGUCUUCCUAGACUUCAACCACUUCUACGGCGUGCAGAACCUGCACCAUGAAAAACUGGUGGCCAUGCUGAAAGAGGUGUUUGGAGAGAAACUCUGCCCAGUUGUUUUCGCCCAGGAGGUGACUCUGCAGUAUCUGUGGGAGAAGGAGUACCAGGUGCUCGUCUUCUACCAUCACCCCAUGGCACUGGAGGUGCCCUUCUUGUGGCCGGGCCAGAUGAUGCCCUCUCCUUGGGCCAACACCACUGACCCAGAGAAGCUGGUUCAAUUUCUCCAGGCAUCUGUCACCGACCGCAGGAGGAAGGGCACGUUCUUUGUCUCCCAGGUGGUUCUGACACCGAAGGCCAGCACUGUGAUGAAGGGUGUGGCUAGCGGACUGAGGGAAACAAUUACAGAAAGGGCGUUACCGGGGAUGAUGCAGUGGAUCAGAUCACAGAGACCUGGCGAGAGUGGCAUUAACAUCAUUACAGCUGAUUUUGUGGAGCUUGGAGAAUUCAUCAGCGCCGUCAUCACCCUCAACUAUCAUCACCUAGGUGAUGAAGAUGACGACGAGGCCACCUGAGGGCCCGCAGACGAGGCGUCAGGGAUCGCAGUCGCCACCACCUGUAGCAGUGGUUGGGUCUGUGUUCUCACCCUUUUCUCUUUGGCAUUUAUUUCAGAAGGGGAGCUACACUGCUCCAUUCACUUUAUUUAGGGCUAUAGUGAACUGAGAGAUCACGGGGGUUGAGAAUAGACAAGCUGAGACUGGUGUUUGGUUGGAGCACGAUGAGAAUGAGGUAGUUUGUUUACUAAUUUGGAUGGUGAGAACCUCUUUGUUUUUUAUGUUUGAUGUUCAUUUUCUUUAUUCCCUCAGAUGUAAAAAAAUUAAUAAAAUAAAAACCCGGCUUUUUUCCAGUGAUCAAAUGCACUGCUUUGAGGCUCAACACACCAUCUAGCAUAGGUACCUCAUGGCACAUAAACUCUCUGCUGCCCUAAGCAGUACAUUAGUCUCGAUAUUCUAGUGAUAGUGAUGGUUUUAAAGAGGUCGUUUUAAAUAAAUCUGUGUAAACUCAAAUUGUUGGCAAAUGUGAGUAGUAACAGUAGUCAUUAUAUGUCCCGUUUGGAAACACAGUCCAAGUAAAGCCUCAUUUUUAUUUAUUCGUUUACCAAUCAAUAAUUUGCAUCCCUGGUCAGAUCACUGGAGGAGUUUUUAAAAAGUACCUGCAGCUCCUUUAAUGCAGGGUGUGUUUGAACCGUGUUAUUUCCUGUGUGUUUCCUCAAUACUAUUUCAUUUUCUUUCACUCGCACUAAUCUCUCGCAGGCCUUUCAGCCAGUAAUGGCAUCCAUUGAAGUCCAUUUGCAGUCGAGACAUUUAUCAGGCAAUUCUAUAUGAAACUGUUGAUUGAGUGAUUAAAACUUACAAAAUCGAAAACCACAAAGAAAGAGAAGCUAGUUACAGAAAAGCACCCAUCAUGUCAAAAGAUAUAAUUAGUCCAUUUGUAAACAUCUAAACAGUAAGUUUUCCAAUUUCAGAAAAUGUUACAUUUCCGAGCAGAAAAGCAGAAACUGCAACCGGCCACUCUUAAUGGCCAAGCAUCCACUACGACCUGUUUGUUGUUUUGUGUAGUGGGUGCUAACUCAUGGUAGCCAAGUGAAAAAAUUCAGCACACCUGAGUGCAAGAGUGUAUCCACCAUCUGUCUCUCCUUUGAUGGUAGCUUGCUCCCCGUGCGUUUGUCUGAACUUUCUGUUAUACUGCAGUACACAUGAGUCAUCGUGAUGCGUGCAUCACCAAGUUGUGUUUUUUGUAAUAUAAAUGCCCAACAGUCAGUUAACAGCUAAAUUCAAGUGAGAAAGAGGUAAGCAUGACGGGUCAGGAGGCCUUCAUGUGGCCACAGUGCUUUGAUAAUAAAUAUAUAGGUUCAGUAAGACCUAGCUGUGGCUCUUUUGUGUCUAUUUUAUUCGAUGUUUCAUGUCUGCUGAAUCUCUAAAUUCCUGCUUUAUCAGUGUUGGUUCAACACAUUCAGAACCCUCUUUUCUUUUUCAUGUUUGGUUGCGUUUGAUUUUUAUGCUCCGCUUUGUUUUAUUUUAACAUGGGAAAGCACAUUUAAAUCACAUUCAGACCAUAACAACAACAAAACAGUUCUAUUGCAAGGUUUUACACAUUAUGCAUGAAAAGAAGUCAUACAAAACUCACCGUACAAUCAGUGUUGCAUUUUCUGUAGAGAAUGUAUUCUGCCAGGAUGUUGGUGUCAAGUUUGGUAAUGUAAAGCCAAAAAUCAGGAAACUCGGCUCUUCAAAUUGGUGAAUGUAUGUGUUUUGUGAGUAAUUGUAACAUUUCUAAAAGUCUCAUGUAAGUGAUUGAGAUUUAGGCAGGAAGCCAUUGUGUAUAAUAUGCUUCAAGUGCAAGAAUGAAUUCAAGGUUUAUAGUUUCAAGCAGUACUUUUUUCACUUAUCUGUGGUUUCAUGUCAAAAUGUUUUAUAUCGUGAAAGGUUUCUAUUAUUGCAAGUAAGUAUACUGCCGAUAAAUUGUAAAUUGUUUAAAUUAUUAGUCAUCAACAACAUUUUCUUAUAACUUGCAUCUUAAAUGGGCCACCAUACUGUCGUCGUUGUUUUUAAAUGUAUUUACACUCCACUACUCUGUGCAUGAAACAGAUAUUCUUAAGAUUGCUUCUCACCAGAUGGGUCCAGCAAGUUUGUGCACAACUGUCUUUUUUUUUCCUCCUAAAGAGCAUGUUAUCAUCUCAACUGAAAAUGUUCCUUCCCUUUUAAGAUGUAAUGUCUGAAUCAAUUUAUUUUUGAGUAUUUUGCAUUGCUAAAAUUCCUGAAGUCACCCAAAUAAGACUUUAAAAUACUUGCAAAUUGUGUUGUAAGAACAUUUGUGUCUUCCCAUGGUCCAAAUUGUUGUCAUUGCCCUUAUGUUCUGGUGUUAAAACAAAACAAAACAAAACAAAACAAACAAAAAAAAGGGUCCUUUGCUGUUGUAAAACUCCAAAACCUUCUGCUCAAGUGAAAGUGACUCUGUUCUAAGUGGAAAAUGGCCAAUCAAAUAAAGCUUCUAUG